AUGAAGACCCCCCCCACCAUCAGCACCAUCACCAUCAUCAUCAUGAAGAUCAACCCAGCCAUCAUCAUCCUCAUCAUCGUCACCAUGGCAACGUUGAGGAAGACCACCACCACCACCACCGCCACGAUGACGAUGAUGAUGAUGAUGAAGGUCAAACCCAUCACCACGGGUGAGGAAGGCCACCGCCGUGACGAGGAUGACGACGACGACGAUGAUGAUGAUGAUGAUGAUGAUGAAGGCCAACCCCAUCACCAUGAAGGCCAACACCAUCCCCAUGAGGAACAUGAGGAAGGUCAACCCCAUCCCCAGGAGGAGGAUGAGGAAGGUCAACCCUCUCACCACAAAGAUGAUGAAGGCCAACCCCAUCACCAUGACGAUGAAGGUCAACCCCAUCAGCACGAGGACGAUGAAGGCCAACAGCGUCACCAUGAUGAUGAUGAUGAUGAUGAUGAAGGCCACCAUGUCCCCCACAAGGAGGCUGAAGGCCAUCACCAUG